AUGAAGACCUCCCUAGUUGCAGUUACUGCCCUCCUCGGCCUGGUAUCGGCCCAGAAUGCCAUUGUGCACAACAACUGUGGCACCACCGUGUAUGUGCAGUCGUUCCCUUACGAUGGUAGCGACCCCGGCCCCCUCACCACCCUUCCUACCGGGGAGACCUUUUCCGAGGAAUUCAGAGGAUCUGGCUCGACCGUCAAGAUUGAUAAGGGGAGGGCGCUAGAACACCCUCUCUUCUUUGGCUAUUCGGUUUCGUCUAGCCCGGACUACGUCCACUAUGAGCUGAGCACGGAGUGGGGCAACCCAUUCGCAGCGGAUCAUAAUUCGCUUAGUCCCGGGGAUGGUUGUCAGGCCUUUGACUGUGCCGCUGAUGAUGCUGCUUGCUAUAGUACCCCAGACCAAAAGAAGGUCUAUGAGUGCCCCCAGCCAGUCACGCUGACCGCGAGCCUGUGUCUGUAA